AUGAGCAGCAUCGUUGAAGACAUGAUUCGCCUUCACGAGUCGCCAGACCAGCCGCUCGAGCCAGAGCCCGUGGCAGAGCCUUCUCCUUCUCCCACCGGGCUCUUUCGCUUCCUCGAUCUUCCAUCUGAGAUCAGGCUACGCAUCUACCAUUUUGUCCUGUUCACCCCAACCCGGAAGAAUGCACUUCGAAGCAACGGCAGCGUCGGCGCAUCGGCGAAGAAGAACAAGCCGCUGUCGCCGUUGUCGCACCGCCUCUCGCUGUUCCUCGUCUCGCACCGCAUCCACGAUGAAGCCACACAUCAUUUCUAUUCGUCCCAGACCUUCCGUCUUUUCCCCGUCCAAGAUUUCUCGCGAUUGCCUCCACUUCGGUCCCUGCCCCGCCGCCACCGGCCCUCCAUCACCACCAUCGAGCUGAUUCUGGGAUCAAGCUGGACGGCCCCGCCACGGUCAUGGACCGUCAACCAGGGCCUGGGGCUCCAUGAAAUGACUUUUCUGCGCACGCUGAAAGUGUUUGUCCAAUGUGAUCCCUCUCAUCCUGUGUUCGAGGGCUUCCGCGUCUCCAAGGAUUACUACACCGAGUUCAGUGGUCGACUGAUGCGGCAGAUUCUUGAACGACUGCCCAACUUGGUUCAGGUGGAAUUCGACGGAUACCCCUCGGUGCAGAAGUCCGGUCCUCUGAUGAGCCGGUUGUUGCAGGAGACCCGGGAUCAUCACAAAAAGAUCCUCUGGGGGCCCGAACGAGGGUGGACGGACUAUGCUGACGAUGAAGAGGGCCAUCAGGUCGAAGACCAGCGCGAGGAUCAGGCUGUGGAUGCAGCCUUCGAUGGAUUGCGAGCUCACGACCCUGACCCUGUUGAGUCGCUCGGCAAUUCGCUUCAGACAGUUCGGCUGGAAUCCUAA